GUGGAGAGAGGGCUGGAAGCUUUGUGGUGGACGUUACGGUGGAGCUGUGUCGGGCUAUCCAGAGCCAACGCGGUCCUUCCUCCUCGCGCAGGGUGGCCUCGCUCGCGUGGUUGCGGGGAGGGCAAGGGGCGAGUGACUGCCCCUCUGCGGGCUCUGGGCCCCGAGGUGGCGGAGCCCUGGUGCUGGAGCCCGGAGCAAUACGGGAGCGGAGUCCGCGUAGCUAGGGCGGCCGCUAGCCGGUGCUGAGCGGGUCCGGGGCUAGGUCGUUUCCCGCUUGGAACCGACCUUGUCUGUCAGGUCCACACCCUCCUGCCCCAGUUCAGCCCAGUCCACAAACCUUGUAGCAUCCUGUGCCGGCUUUGACUUCCCUUUAGAAUGCGGUGGUGAUGUUUCGUGGCUGGGCCUCUUCUUUCUCAGCAACUUUUCUAGAAAUUUCAGAGCGUAUUGAGGAGCUCUGAGAUUGCCAGCGAGGUUUUAUUUCGGCAGUACUCUUGGAAGGAGGAAAGAUAGGAGGGUUGCUGGUGCUUGCCGGUGUUCCCAGGAACGUUUGGACUAAUGAGAUCUUUACAUUUAGCCGUGUUUGUUUUUUCCAGUUUGAUGCCUAGCAUUUUUGCCAUUUUGCAUCAUUGAUGUUGAAUAUAUGAUUUUGCCUGAAGUCUUGCAGUUUAUCACUGAAUCUAUACUAUGACACAGUGCCAUAAAGGUGGGGAAGAGCUGUGUACUACCCAAUUCCCAAUGAAAAGAUUGUAAACAUACUGCUGAAUCAGUGCAGAUCAAAACUUGGCACCCUUAGACAUGGGGAGGAGGAGUGGAAAUUCUGGAAUUUGACACAACAGGUUGGAUGUUGUUUAUUGACUGAAUGCAUGCAGAACUUGGAAGCCUUUUUCUCAUAAAAAUUUGACUGGUAGAUAAACACUAGCCACAAAAAGCUACAAAACAAGAUAAAUUGCUCUCUCUAAAUUAAAGAAAACCAAGAUCCAUGAGUGGGCAUCGGUCAACAAGGAAACGAUGUGGAGAUUCUCACCCGGAGUCCCCCAUGGGCUUCGGGCAUAUGAGUACUACAGGAUGUGUAUUAAAUAAAUUGUUUCAAUUGCCUACACCACCGUUGUCAAGACACCAACUAAAGCGGCUAGAAGAACAUAGAUACCAGAGUGCUGGACGCUCCCUGCUUGAGCCCUUAAUGCAGGGGUAUUGGGAAUGGUUGGUUGGAAGAGUUCCCUCAUGGAUUGCCCCAAAUCUCAUCACCAUCAUUGGACUAGUAAUAAACAUCUGUACAACUAUUUUAUUAGUCUUCUACUGCCCUACAGCUACAGAGCAGGCACCUCUCUGGGCAUAUAUUGCCUGUGCUUGUGGACUUUUCAUUUACCAGUCUUUGGAUGCUAUAGAUGGGAAACAGGCAAGAAGAACCAAUAGUAGUUCUCCUUUGGGAGAGCUUUUUGAUCAUGGUUGUGAUUCGCUAUCAACAGUUUUUGUGGUUCUUGGAACUUGUAUUGCAGUGCAACUUGGGACAAAUCCUGAUUGGAUGUUUUUUUGUUGUUUUGCUGGCACAUUUAUGUUCUAUUGUGCACAUUGGCAAACGUAUGUUUCUGGAACAUUGCGGUUUGGAAUAAUUGAUGUGACUGAAGUGCAAAUCUUCAUAAUAAUCAUGCAUUUGCUGGCAGUGAUUGGAGGACCACCUUUUUGGCAAUCUAUGAUUCCAGUGCUGAAUGUUCAAAUGAAAAUUUUUCCUGCACUUUGUACUGUAGCAGGGACCAUAUUUUCCUGUACAAAUUACUUCCGUGUAAUCUUCACAGGUGGUGUUGGCAAAAAUGGAUCAACAAUAGCAGGAACAAGUGUACUCUCUCCUUUUCUCCAUAUUGGAUCAGUGAUUACAUUAGCUGUAAUGAUCUACAAGAAAUCAGCAGUUCAGCUUUUUGAAAAGCAUCCGUGUCUUUAUAUACUGACAUUUGGUUUUGUAUCAGCUAAAAUCACCAAUAAGCUUGUGGUUGCACACAUGACAAAAAGUGAAAUGCAUUUGCAUGACACAGCAUUCAUUGGUCCAGCACUUUUGUUUCUGGACCAGUAUUUUAACAGCUUUAUCGAUGAGUAUAUUGUACUUUGGAUUGCUCUGGUCUUCUCUUUCUUUGAUUUGAUUCGCUACUGUGUCAGUGUUUGCAAUCAGAUUGCGUCUCACCUGCACAUACAUGUCUUUAGAAUCAAAGUCUCUACAGGUCAUUCUAAUCAUCAUUAAUGAUGUAGUGGUGUUAUAUAGGAAACUCAUCUUUUCUGCAGGAAAGAAUCCGAACAUAUUAAAGAGGAUGGGGGUGGGUAAGAACAAAUAUAAUUUAUAAUAAUCAAUGUUGUGUAACUUUCAUUCUUUGUUAUUGGUAACACUCCCUAACUAUCCUGUGUGAGAGUGGGAAUUUCAAGUCCUAUCCUAUAAAUUGUACAUGUUGUCGUACAGCAUUUGGCUCAAGAGAGCAUGCAGGAAAAAAGUGCCACGUGUUUGUUAAUCAUCCUUGAUUCAGAAUAUUGUCAUGGGGAGCAGGUCUCAAAUGGUGGAGUUUCUAAUGUAGAAUACUUACCAGUCAAAAGGUGGUUGCUUUAUACUUUUAACAAAUCAUUAUCUUUUAGUAACAUCUUUGUUUAGUGUCUUCUCAAGCUUUCUUUACUAAGGAGCUCCAGCUUGUGACAGAUACAUCCCAUUAGCUUGUGAGGUGCAAUGAGUGAGAAAGACCUUGAAUUUGGAUUGAAAGGUUUUCUAUCUUUACAUUGUUGAGAGGAAAAAAAUUUUUUUAUCAUUGCUCAAGAAAUGAUAUCUCUUAUGGGUUUGGGAAAUUCUGUUAGCAUGCAUUAUAUGAUAACUUUGUCGAUCCAUUUUAUUUUUUUAAAUAAAUAUAUGGUCUAAAAACCA